CUUUGAAGCUCUCUUGGGAGUUUGAGACUAAAGAAGAAGAUGGCGAAGUGGUCGAUCGUUAAGAGAACAGUCCCGUAAAAAUCAAAACUUUGAAGCUCUCUGGGAGUUUAGAGAACUUAGGGAGAUGGCGAAGUGGUCGAUCGUUAGGAGAAUCCCCGUCUACGGAGGUUCGUUCACUUCUAUGAAACAUAUGGUGUUGGCUCCUGCUGAGUGCUCCUUCUCUGCGAUGCACUCUUUGAUAGACACGGGAGGGGAAGCCCUGAAGAAAACGGCUGAGAAUAGUGAUAGUGGUUCAAAGUUCGUUAGCAGAAUCGAUUACACGAGUCUUGUGGAGAAGUAUAGAAGAGAUGGGAACCUCUCUGCUGCAUACGACUUGUUACAGUCCUUGCAAGACAAGAACAUAUGGUUGCCUGUCCCGGUUUUCAAGAACCUUCUUGCAGCAGCGGGUGAGAAGAAAGAUACGAAGCUCUCUUGCAGAGCUUUUAAAAUGAUGUUGGUCCAAGCGGGUACGCCUUUGAAUUCAGAUUGUUAUCUCAACCUCGCCAGAGCCUUUAUUGACACCGAUGAUUGUGUACACUUGCUGAGCCUUCUCAAAGAAGUGUCGGAGGCUUCUCUUCCGUGUAGGUUAAUUGUAAUAAACAGAACCAUCCUUGCAUUUGCUGAGUUUCGACAGAUCCAUAAGGUGCUUAUGAUACUUGAGAAGAUGAGAGAGUGGGAAUGUAAGCCAGAUGUGAUCACUUACAACUCGGUUUUAGAUAUCUUGGGACGAGCUGGCUUGGUCAAUGAGAUGCUCAGUUUAUUGUCAUCGAUGAAGGAAGAUUGCGAUGUGUCUCUAAACAUCAUUACAUACAACACGGUGUUAAACGGGAUGAGGAAAGCUUGUAGGUUCGAUAUGUGUUUGGUGUUAUACGAAGAAAUGGUUCAGUGCGGGAUUGAGCCUGAUCUGCUUAGCUAUACAGCAGUGAUAGACAGUUUGGGUCGGUCAGGGAACACAAAGGAAGCAUUGAGGCUUUUCGAUGAGAUGAAACAGCGGGUGAUACGACCAUCCGUUUAUGUCUACAGAGCAUUAAUUGAUUGUCUGAAGAAGACAGGAGAGUUUAACAGGGCGUUGCAGCUUUCAGAUGAGCUGAAGAACACUUCAGCAUUAGAUUUGGCAGGUCCACAAGAUUUCAAACGGCACUUGAGACGCUAAGAAGCCUCUAGUUUUCAGUAGUUGUGUGUUUCACUUCGGUUAGGCAUAUGUAAUGAAAUCAGAACACAAUUUUGAUUGAUUUGAU